GCAGUCAUUAAUUCUUACAAAAGUAGGGCUGCGCUAUGUAGAUACCAUGCUGUAUUUGUGUUAAUAUCGUGGCCUGAAAUUGCAAGGCCUUCUGUGUCAAGUAUGGAUACUGUCUGUGCAGACGUGGCCAGCGUCUCUGCUGUCUGUCCCAGGAUGAGGACUGAGGUGGGGGGAAUCUGAUCUUCAGAAGCGGAAGUGUUUUACAUUAUUUUCCCUGAGCUAAAUGCUGGCUGAAGCAGAAACCUGAUAGAUCGGCGACCAGAAUAGAACAGGCACUCAAAAAAAAAAAAGAAAAAUCCAUUGAUGUGGCAGUUCUGAUGCCUUUUACAGAUUGCCCAUUGCAUAUUAUGGAUUACCAGCCAGAUGGACCAAAAAAAGUCGACAGAACCCUUUCACUUUCAGCAAAGGAAUAACACGGCCCGUUUGUGUGGGUAGCAGCCUGCACUGUCUUUUUAUAGCUGUUCAAACCCGUCAACGACUUCUCUUAUGUAACCCAGCCUGAGAAAGCCAUAUGGUUUUAAUGGUUUUAGUAGUCUGCUAGCCACAGAUUACAGUCCAGGGUGGAAAACUAUGGGCAGCUACCGAAUGCUGGAAAAAGGGUGGAGGCGGAUUUGGUCUGCAAACGUCCACAUUUCUUUCCAGGCGCGUCUUUGUGAGUAAGCAUCGUGCAUCGCCGAAGAGCAGCCUUUCCCGUAAGACCCCGUGCCUUUUCGCGCGUGGGCGCGAAGUCCGUAGGUCGUGCUGGUGACGACACCUUUUGACGCGGUUGCGUUUCUGAGUCAACUGCGAGAAACCUAUAGGCUGCGAAUACCGCGCUGGCACUUGGCCCACAUCUGUCACACGCACACCCCACAUCCGCGCUCCGCCGAAGCAAAACAUGCAGAUCACGUUCGUAGCCUUGUUUGCACCUCCGAGUUCUGGCGUAUGGAAAUAGCCGCGCGCUUGUGUGAACUCGCACUGCUGCUGCCGUAGAGUUUCCAGAUUGGGCAGCCUCCAUUCGGGGGAAGUACGUCAGAGGGACUUUGUGGGAUUUCCAGUUAAGGGCCCCGAGGGAUGAGCCGACAUCCCGACGAUGUGCGAGGUGGACGUGUCCUCGGAGCCCAGCAGCCCCACGCUGUACGGCGAAUCCUCCGACACCUACUACCACGUGGACCGCUGGCAGAAGCUGCGCACCGCCGUCCGCAAGCUGGAAUUCUGGGAAAACUUCACCUCCGAGCUCAUCGGGAGCGGCUUCUUCUCCAAAGUCUACAAGGUCAUGCAUAGCACAACGAGGAAGGUGAUGGUGGUGAAGAUCUAUAAAAAUGACGUGGACCAGGACAGCAUCGUGAGAGAGAUCAGCCUCCUGCAGAAACUCUCGCACCCCAACAUUGUCCGGUACCUGGGCAUCUGUGUGAAGGAAGAUAAGCUCUAUCCAAUACUAGAGUACGUAAGCGGGGGCUGUCUGGAGGAGCUCCUGGCCAGGAAGGACGUGCCGCUCAGCUGGCGCGAGAAGGUGGACCUGGCGUCCGACAUCACGCGGGGGAUGAUCUACCUGCACUACAAAAACAUCUACCACAGGGACCUCAACUCCAAGAACUGCCUGAUCAGGGUAACACCGCGCGGGAGGGAGGCCCUGGUGACGGAUUUCGGGCUGGCCCGGGAGGUGGUGGAGCUCCCCGCUAAGGACCCCGACAGGAAGCUGUCCCUGGUGGGCUCUGCCUUCUGGAUGGCCCCAGAGAUGCUGAGAGGGGAACCCUAUGACCGCAAGGUGGACGUCUUCUCCUUCGGGAUCGUGCUCUGUGAGAUACUGGCCCGGAUUCCAGCCGACCCCGAAAUCCUCCCGAGGACCCAGGACUAUGGUCUGGACGUGACGGCGUUUCGGGAAAUGGUGACUGGGUGUCCGCCACGAGUGCUGGAGCUGGCCGCCAGCUGUUGCCUGAUGGACGCUUUUCGACGGCCUUCCUUCACGGAGCUUCUGGAUGAGCUGGAGGAGAUCUCAGAGACUCUGGAACCCCCAAAUGCAGAGCUGACCACUGGCUGAGGGGCUCUCCACAUGCCAUUCUCCCCACACCCCUCCCAAAACCAGGGACCCCUUGAUUUGGACCGCUGAAAAGAUCUCUACAUCAGCAGAUCAGAGAUGGGGAAGGUCUUUCAUUGGCAGGACAUAGAUGUCCUGUAGUAGAUGUGGAACCAAAAUUCUGGACCACCACAGUAUGUGCAUGCGUGCGUGCGCGCACAUGCACACAUGCAUGGGUUCAACCAUGUAUGCAUGCUAGACUAUGCUCCUGGGAAUCACAAGGUUCAAUCUACAGUCACAAAAGUGGUGGACUUCUUUUUUUUCUUUUGCCUCCCAUGCCCCAACAUCUGAAACAUAUUUUUGCCAUCUAAAAAGAAUGACCAAAUUAACACAAAUCUUGAGUGAAAUUUAUGUUUUGGCACCAGGUUUAUGAUCAUCGGUAGUGGCUGAUGAUGAAGGACACACUGUUUUUGAAGAAUGUUUAAGAAUGGCUUUUUAAUUAUUCUUUGUUUCUUUGUUUAAUUGUAUUAUUAUUAUCCUGUUAAAUAUUAUAUUGACCUGUGUGUUGAUUUAGCAACUGAUGAUACAGGCACUUUUCUGUUGAUAUGUAUGUAUUUUUUUUCAUUCCUUUUUCCAUUGUGUUUUUGUAAUUGUUGUUGAUAUUGUUUUUCAUGAUUGCCUUUCAUUGGCAGAAUAGGGACAUGUUAUAUUAGCCAAUGGGGUUUUUUAAAUGCAGUGGGUUUUUAAAACGUGCUGCUAUCUCACUGGUGAUUACUGAAUGAGUUGGCCACUAAGCUCAACUGUACGGACACUGUGUUCUUUGAUUUCCCUAUAUGAGAAAAGACAACGGCUGUCAUGGCGCCUGGAGUAAGCACACCUUGAAUGGUUCAUUUAUUUAUUUAGUUUUUCCUCAAUAGGUUUUUUCAUAUCAGCCAUUUUAAUUCCCCAUCGAUCGUGUGUGUUUGUAGAAUAGAUUCAGAUUUGAUAUUGCCUGAAAUUUUCCUUUAACCAGGUCAAAUGCUGCAGCAACCAUCUUAAAUGCUGCAGCAACUCAGUAAUCCAGAUUUAGUAUGAACAUUGGCUUCAUUUCAAUCCUUUGUGUUCUCGGUCACUACUUCUUGCUCCAUAGUCAUAGAUAUAUAAAUAUAUGUGUGUGUGUGUGUCUGUUUGUGUGUGUGUGUCUGCCUGUGUGCGUGUGCGUGUGUGUGUGUGUGUGUGUGUGUAAAUAGUUUGGUUGUACAGAGUGGUUGUCUCAUAACGUAAACAAUUUGGCUAUUGUUGAUCACUGGUGCCACGCCUAUUCCUCACAUUUUAAGAGCCAGUGAGCUUUCUGAGAAGUUUCACGCUUUUUCCUGAGUUGAUGGGGAUUUUAUUUUAAUAGAUUUUCACUGUAUAUUGACUUUAUGGGGUCCUCUUCUGGUGAGAGGUUGGUUCUCAACAGUGGCAUAAAAAGCAUCUGUGGGCGUUCAGUUGUGUGGACCACUUGGAGAAGCACAGAUGGGUUGUGGAAACAGGGAUUGGACAGCACUGGAACCAAUGGAGUGAGACCUGAGGUAGAUGCAGGAUAGAGAGGUUGGGAAAGAGAAACAUAAAAAACAAGACAAGUGCCUGACCAAGGCAUAGCACAUAAUGUGUCAUUUAUUCAACUGAGAUAUGUAUUUUCAGAGUUGGAAUUGUGAGUACGUAUUUCUGCACCCACUGCAUUGCAUAACUGCACAGCCAAACUGUGGUGGUCCAAGGAGCUCUGACAACCUUGUGUCUUUUUUUUAAAUCUUAAAAAUAAUUUUAUUUUGCUUUUUUGUACUCUGACAUGUUCCAGUGUGGGCCACAGAGACCGGUCGGUCAGAUGUUGCAUAUCACAGAGGAAUCAAUGUUCUUUCUCAGGAUCUUAAAAAAAAAAAAAAUUAAAAACCUUUAAUGGAAGCCGACAGAUCAGCACAUGUUCUGGGGAGUCACUGUUUGUUUCUUGGCUUGUUGAUUUAUGUGACUAAUGCUUAUGCAUACCAAGACAAUGAAAAAAAAAAAACAAUUUAUCACCUUUUUACUAAAACCUGUCUUUUCACAUCAUUUCAUAGUUGCAAACAUGGUCUUAUGAUGUGAAAAGAAAGGCAUUUCUCCAAUAAAUGGCUUAAGGGAAAAUGCUGACAGAAAAACAGCACUUGGUUCUCUGUGAAAUGGAGGUAAGAAGGUCCCUCAAAUAUCUUGACAUGUAGCAUUUAUGGUGGCAGAGUUUGGGCGCUGAUAUGGGGUUGUCACUCAGGUGAAAAGCACAUUGGUAUGGAAACGCUGUUAUUUUAGAUACAUUUCUAAAGUUCUUCAGUAGUGUGACACUUCUUGUAACUUAAUUUAAUCACGCAGUUGGAAGACCACAUUCCACGUUGAGAGUAAUGUGUGUAACAAGCAUACACACCACCGUCUGUAAGCAGGCCUGGAAUGGGUCAGACUACAGACAGUAAUGUAUAUGCCAGCACCCUGCAACCAUUAAGAAAUGUUAUAGAUGUAUAAACUGCAAUGAUUUAUCCUGUGGGACAACUUUGAAAGAUGUUGUCCAUCCAUAAAGGUCAUGUCUUUACAAGUAGUGACCUUUAUUCAAUUUCCUGGAGGCAAAUGUUUGUGAAUUGUAUAAACUCAACAUGUGUUCUCUA